UAACUGUAUGUUAAUUCAACUGUAUGUUUUACGAACUGUAUGUUAUACUAACUGUAUGUCACCCGUUUAAUACCAUUGAACGGGUAUGGCAUCUUGAUCCAAGAGAGGGCUCUACGGUUUAUUUAAAAUGACUACACGUCAUCAGUUUUAGAAAUAUUGAAAAGAAACAAGCUUGAUUUUUUACAUGUUGCUCGUUUUAAAACGAUGGCCAUAGAAACUUUCAAGAUUAUAAAUGGCACUUCAUCAUCAUUUUUACAUGAUCUUAUUGAACAAAGAAAUGUUUUAUAUAAUUUUAGAAGAUAGAACACUCUGAAGAUUCCAAGGGUGAAUACCACAAUGUAUGGCAAGAUAUCGUUUAGUUUUGUAUACCUGUUUGUCGCAAGAAUGGCACUACAGUACUAAUGGUAUUUUGUUUGUAAUAUGCGACGGUAAAUAAAAUUUCUUAAAUCUUCUUGAAUCUUGAAUCUUGAUAUUUUACUUGUGUGGCAGAAAACGUGGAUGAUUGUGCAUCACCCUGCUUAUUAUAAUACUUGUGUCUGUGUCUAAGAUAAAGUUAAGUAUGUUUGCUAGUAAUAAGGUGGGGAUAUUAAGUAUAUAAAGUGAAUUCGAGACUGCUUUGUAUCAUUUCAUCUACUGUUAAAAAGCAGCAAUAUAAACAGGUUUUAUUCCAGAUAUUUUGAACAGUUUGGAGAACUUUGUUGUUGAAUCGUUCGUGAAGGACUUUAUAUCACUUCAAUAUAUGAGUGUCGAUGUCUUGAGUAAUAUUCCAGAUACAACAUCCGAAAAUGAAGUGGACUACGCUUAAUAGAUUUAAAGUUUUCACUGUAUUAAUCAUCAUCGGUUUUGGAAUUGGCUGGAUGUUUUACGCUGCAGAUGGGGGAACUAUCUUAAAUCGUUUUAAACACAAAACAACGACAACUUUGUUUUCCAGUGACUCUCAGCAGAAAAAUUCGUCUAAGCAGGAAGAAUCCAUUCCAGUUUAUUUCUACAAAAAACAAUCUGAUAUUGGAAAUCCAUUUAGUCACUGCAAACAUAAAUGCCAUGUGAAAGAUGGGUUUUCAAAGGACAGAAAUGCAGUGAUUGUGUUUCAAGGACCAGGUUUGUUUGAUGAAAAACCGCUGAGAAAAUAUCCGGGACAACUAUGGGUAUUUUUUUCUAUGGAAUCACCAAGCUACCAUCCGCCAUCGAAAAAAUUGAAAAUGUGGAAAAAUGUGUUUAAUUGGACGCUAGGUUACAGGAGAGAUACAGACAUACUUCAUACGUAUGGCAGGUUUCACCUUCUCCCUGAAACUAAGAAACCUAUCAAUAUAUCAUCUACUUGGAAUUCACGUUAUAACAAAUCAAUCAUAUUUGUGUCCCAUUGUGGAGUGGCCAGCAAAAGGUUAUCAUACAUGAAAAAAUUGAACUCGUUCUAUGGUGUUGAUAUCUAUGGUGGUUGUGGGAAUCUAAAGUGUCCAAAGUCUAAAUGGGGGAGUUGUCAUGAUAAAAUACGAAAUUAUAAGUUUUAUCUGGCUUUUGAGAAUUCAUUCUGUAAAGAUUAUGUUACGGAAAAAAUGUUUAAAAUAUAUUGGCGUAAUUCGAACGCGAUACCGGUCGGCCGUGGACGAACGCAAUACGAACUCUUUUUUCCCCCAAAGUCAUAUCUAGAUACAUCUAAAUAUCAUUCUACCAAAGAACUAGCGGAAGAUAUGUGGCGUUUAUCCAAAAACGAAACAGAAGCAGCAACCUAUUUUAAAUGGACCCGUUCCUACUUUGUUGACAGAGACUCCAACGCGCGGGUUGGUUUCUGUGAACUGUGUAGACGUAUCCACGAUCUUGUCCUUAUGAAGAAACACACACGGCUUUACAGGGACAUUGACACUUGGCUUCGUGGAAGUGAACGCACUCAAAUCUGUAAAACACCAACGGAUUUAGUAUAAAAUAAUUCAUUCAAAAACUGAUUUGCUCAAUUGAAACACAAUCACCAUAUUUACUUUUUGAAUAGACGGAGCUACAACUAUUCAUAAAACAAUCACUCGUUACUGCAAUGUGCGCAAAACGGUGUGAAUAUUUGGUUUCAAUGAUGUCUUUCAGCCUGCGUUUAAUGAUGUCCGUGAGCUUGCGGUUUAAUGAUGCCUUUGAGUCUGAGGUUCAAUGAUGUCCAUAAGCCUUGGGUUUAACGAUGUAUAUACCUAUAUGCUGGUGUUUUGAUAUAACGUUCUGAUUUACUGCUUUAAUAAUAAUUUAAAAAAUGAUUAACUCAUAUAAAAUAAAUCAUAAUGAUUAUUCAUUUAUAAAUAAUAUACAAUGCAAGAAGUCAAAUAGGAAAAUGAAAUAGGAAAAGUCAUCUAUUAAAGUUUCUUAUUAUUGCUCUUCUUCCCUUCAAAAGUGUAUAUAAUAUUAUAUAUGUGUAUGGUUUUCUUCCCAGAGCAGGUGCUGAUAUUACAAUAUAUGUUACCGCCUUUAUGACAUUUUAAUCGGUUUAACACCCUCGCAACAGCUCAGGUCAUAUGAAGACGUAGGCCAUUCAAGCUCCUUGCCAUUAAAGGAAUAUAACUGUGAUCAUCAUAUUAUAUCUCAUUUGUAUCGCAUUUAAUUAAACUUUUAAAUAAAAAGAUCGAAGCUCUUUGUUAUCUGUGUGAUCCAAAUGACA